AUGGAUAUCAUGGAACAUCAUUUGAGCAAACGUACUGACAACCCAGCCUCAUUUGAGCACACACAAUCACUCUCAUUCUCAAGGUAUCUUUUCAUGGUUCUUUUGAACAACCCAGCCUGUAAUGACCAAAAGUUUCUCCUUAAGAUAAGAAAACCUGGUAUGACUUUACUGGCUUUCCAUAGAGCAAGGAUCUCAGCUAUUUCACUGCUAACGGUAGUUGGAUCUGAGAGUGCAAUCAA